AUGGAUGCUCUAGAUAGAGGAACAAAACUGUUGAUAAGGCAGCGUGGGAGAGGUGUUAAGUUAAGAAAGCUAUUAGAGAAACAAAUCUUUGAUGAUCUUGGUACAAUAAACAACGAUUUAAUUAUAGGAGAUUUGAAAUUUGAAGAUUCUCAAUUAGGAGAUGAAGGGAAUCUAAAUGACAGAGAUAUCAUUAUCUCUCAAAUAGAACCUGAUGAUAAUGUCGCUCAUCAAGAUGAGUCCCCUGAGAUAGAUCCGCAAAUGUUUGAUCAAAACAACGAUGAGGAAUAUGUUAGCGAAGUUAGCGAAGGAGAUAUUGAUCAGAAGGUGAACCAACAGACAUUAUUUGGUAAUCAAGAUCUUGAGAGGCAGAUGAAUUAUGAUGAUAUAGAUACGAGGCGUUAUAAUUUCAAAGAUUUGCCGAUUAGACAAUUAUCUUCAUCGAUCACAUCGGUUACUACUAUUGAUGUUCUUAGAUUAUUGUUUGUGAAUUUAUUCGAGAACAACUUGAUACCGCAAGCUACCAUUGAUUUUAAAGGAACAGACAAUAUAGUACACAAAUUAUUAUACAAGCUAGACGUUAGAAUAUUUGAAAGUGUAGUGGAUGGUAUUGUAAAUGACUUCAAGGAUAUAAUGGACAUCAAUGUAUCGAACAAUGAGCUAUGCUACCAAUUGAAGAAAAUCGUGAAAGUAAGAGAGGAAAAUAAUGAAGAUUUGGUGAAAGUAAGGAACGUUGUUCAAAAGUUGAGAAUUGAAGGGGAAUAUUUUAAAGUUAAAAAAGAACAGAAAAAUAUUAAUAAAAAAAUUAAAUUAAAUGAAAAGUUAAACAAGUUGAAUAAUAUAUUACUGAAUAAUAACAAGGAGGAUAGCGACAAAUAUGCAAGGCUAAACGUAUCGAAAAUUAACAGAACCGAAGCUCACGACAUUAAAACAUUUAGUAGGUUAAUGGAUCCAUACAAUGGCAGAGUGGCACGGAUACAAAAAAUAAAUAACUACCUACAAAAUAACUUAUCAAGGAAUUAUGAUUUAAUAUCCAACGAUUAG